CUUUUACACGUGUAAAAAUGUUGACGUUAAAUGUCAGUAAACUUGCGUCCACAGAAAGAACAAAAUGAAAGCAACAACCUCUCCAAAGUUAAAUAAACUGUUCAUUUCUAAGCAAAAUGAAUUUCAGGAUAUUCAAAGUAAAGCUGAGCAGGGGCUUAUUAAUAUGGCGAUUGACGAAAAGGCAUCAUGUAAGGAGUUGGACCAGUGGAUUGAACAACUAAACGAUUGCAACCAAUUAACGGAAAAUCAAGUGAAGACCCUAUGUGAUAAGGCUAAAGAAAUAUUGUCCAAGGAAUCCAAUGUACAGGAAGUAAAAUGUCCAGUCACAGUAUGUGGAGAUGUACAUGGUCAAUUCCAUGACUUGAUGGAAUUGUUCAGAAUAGGCGGACGAAGUCCUGACACAAACUACCUGUUUAUGGGAGAUUAUGUCGAUCGUGGAUAUUAUUCAGUAGAGACAGUCACAUUGUUAGUAGCUUUAAAGGUUCGGUAUAAGGAGAGAAUUACAAUUCUAAGGGGCAAUCAUGAGUCCAGACAAAUUACUCAAGUAUAUGGCUUCUACGAUGAAUGUCUCCGAAAAUAUGGAAAUGCAAAUGUUUGGAAAUUUUUCACUGAUUUGUUCGACUACUUGCCACUGACAGCUCUAGUUGAUGGUCAAAUAUUCUGUUUGCAUGGUGGGUUAAGUCCCAGCAUUGACACUUUGGACCAUAUUCGUGCAUUGGAUCGUUUACAAGAGGUACCUCAUGAAGGACCAAUGUGUGACCUUUUGUGGUCCGAUCCUGAUGACCGCGGUGGAUGGGGCAUCAGUCCUCGAGGUGCGGGAUACACUUUUGGACAAGACAUCUCUGAAACCUUUAAUCAUUCUAAUGGAUUAACCUUAGUUUCGAGGGCCCAUCAGCUGGUUAUGGAAGGUUAUAAUUGGUGUCACGAUAGGAACGUCGUUACUAUUUUUAGUGCUCCAAAUUAUUGUUAUCGUUGCGGAAAUCAAGCUGCUAUUAUGGAAUUAGACGACGCCCUCAAGUAUUCUUUCUUACAGUUCGAUCCAGCACCGAGACGCGGGGAACCCCACGUGACUCGCCGAACUCCCGACUAUUUCCUGUAAUUUUUCAUAUUUGUCAAUCGUAAUAAUAAUAUCAUAAAAAACAAAAUGCUUAGAUUAUAUUGUAUAUGUUAUCAAUUAUAAAAGAUAGCGCAUGCCGAGUAGCGCGCGUUCUGUAAACUGUUAUGGGAAACUAAAUUUAGCGAAGAAAACAAAACUAUUAAAAUAACUUUAAUACAAAAAAAUACGGACAUAAUUAUUUGAAACGUGUAAUUUAUCGAUUUUUUCAUUUUUGUCAACUUUCUCGCAUAGACGACGGAUCCAGGUAACGUUGUUCUUUUAUACAUUGUAAAUUGUCUUUUUCUGUACUGAUUAUUUGAUUUAUAUAGAAUAAAGCUCUGAAAACCCGAUACAUCGUAUAAUACAGGUA